AUGUUCUCUAAAAAACCAUCUAGCGAGUCACAGAAACUAUUAGAUAGGAAAAUGUAUCUGGCUCGAGAGCGUCCAGAUGAUAUAUUCGAUUUAUCCUCAUGUGAAUUAAGAACGGUACCAGAUGGAAUAUUCUCUCUUGUCAAAGUUUUACUAAAGACCAAAUUAUAUUUACAACAAAAUUAUCUUCCAAAGCUUGAUUCUGGUGGUAAACUGUCACUUCUUCAAAAUAUUGUCAUCUUGGAUAUAAGUUCUAAUGAAUUACGACAAUUACCUAAAGAUAUACAUGAAUUAAAGUGUUUACAAGUUUUAAAUGUUUCAAAAAAUCUAUUAUCAAAAUUACCAUCUGCAAUUGUGUCGCUUUCACACCUUGUACAUUUCAAUGUUGAGGAUAAUAAGCUUACUGAAUUGCCAUCAGAUUUUGGAAAAUUGAAGGAAAUAACUAAGCUGUACCUGAAAAACAAUCCUUUAUUAUCUUUACCAAAACAUUUAUGCUACUUGAAACGCUUAAAGGAAUUAACUCUUUCACAUGAACAGAUUCGUUAUCCACCGUCAGAUAUAUGUGCAAUGGGAUUGUCGGAAAUCAUGCGAUUUUUAGCUAAAGAGGAAGGAAUCGAAUAUGAUCCUGUUGUCAUAUCUCAGGAAAAUGUAACUAACCAAAAUAUUUCAGUGAAUGAUAAAAAUAGUUCUGGUGAAGUGAAUACGCUAGACGAAACUUACCACUUGAAUAAUACUGUACCAUCUGAAGCACCAUAUGAUCAUGAUCGAAAGAAAAAAGAUGAGAAGUUGUUAGCACUGGAAUUAGAACGUCAAUUAUUUGAAAAUAGUUGGGCGGAAAAAGAAUUAGCCUCUAAAGCAAAUCAAAAUAAACAAAUACUUGCACAACUGGCAGAAGAGGAAUUACGUACGUUCACUGAACUGUCAGCUAUACAAACUAGACGAGAACAGGAGCGUUCAGCUUUAAUUUCCAGUGUAACAGAUGCUGAAAAGAAUGCUACUAAACUUAUCCAAGAUAUCCUAACUAUUAAUACAUCUGCUAAGUCUAGAGAGAGACUUGAAGAUAUGAUUAAUUCAAAUCAAUUCGAUAUAAAUUCAGUUUCAUCUUCAGUCUGUUUGAGACGUGAUGAAGUAUUAGCAUCAAUGCAAGAAAUGCUAUCAGUGACAGAUAGCGCUUUUUUAAAUCAUACGGUGAAUUUAAAUUCAACAAAACUACAAAGUCUUUCUGGUGAAAAUUCAAAUGGUCAAUAUAUUCAACAAAUUUUAUCUAAUAAACAUGAUGAUCGUAACAAACUGGCAUCUAAUCUUCUACUUGAAGAAAGUGUUCAAAAAGAAGCUUUUGCUCAAUUACAAAAUCAAAAGGAUAGUCAAGUUGUAAGAUUAAGACAAGAGAUAUGCCUUAUAGAACAGGAACUCUGUCGACUUACAAUAACUGAACAAUCACGUGCUAGUCAACGCAGUAAAGCUAAUCAACGUGUUCUCGACGAGUGUAGAUCUGAAUUACUUCACUUGUUAACUCAACUGAUAGAUGAACAACAGAGUCGACAAAAGGAAUUACGUAAACGUUUAGAAGAGAUGGAACAACAGAAGAAAGAUGACCAGCUAGACUUUUGGUUAGUACAAUAUCAGCGGAUAUUGGAUUCUAAACCUGUAGAAUUAUUUGGUAAACCAGAUCCUGAUGUCCAAGCUAUCCUUGAUAAUGCACAUUGUUUGGAAUAUAUGCCCAAUUUUCAACGUCAUACUAUUACAUAUACAAUAUUAAGAAAUAUGACAGACAGUGAACUUAAAGAGAUUGGUAUACACGAGUUUGAAGUUCGCCAAAGAAUCCUUCAAGAAAUUGCUGCUUACAAAGUGAAAAUUGAACAUGAUCAUAACAAGCUGACAAAUGCAACAGAAUCUCCUAGUACUCAACAUGUAACACCUUCAGCACCAAUAGAACCAAUAACAGUUUUUUCUCCGCCUAAUGAUGAAAUGGUUGCUCGUGUAGAACAUGAGUGUUGUAUAUGCCAAGAUGCAUUAUGCGAAACAAUAUUCCUUCCAUGUGGUCACGUAUGCUGUUGCAAAAAGUGUUCUGAAAGUCUUUCUCUAUGCCCAUUAUGCCGUUCUAACCUACGUCAUCGAAUCCAGUUGCAUUUUUGA